AUGAACUUGGACGUGACUGGAGCCAGCUUACCUGAGCAUUCCUCAUCGUCGCCGCUCCCUUACAUGCCCAACUUCAAGCCUCCUGGAGCGUCUCCGGAUCCAUCAGUCCACCACCAUGGCCUCCGCCGUCUCGGAGGCACAGAUUACACUCUACUGAUCGGUUUCAGUAUGGAUGAAGAGGCCUUGUGUUUGGCUGCUGCCUUCAUGGCCUCAUUGGAAUCCAGCUUUGCAAGCUUCCAUGGUGGGUACAGUUCUCCCUGGCUGAUUGGCAGAGAGCACAGACAGGGUUAUGAGGCCAGCCUCGCCUCUCAAGAUUAUCCGCCGGCUUAUCUGGCGGAGGGAACACAAGGCACACACGCACAACACAAGCUCCUUGCUUCUUCUUGCCUAGGUCCCCUUCAUCCAGCACGCCGCCAGCAACCACGGUCCACGGGUUGGGGUGCUGCUUGGUCUCAUCAACCUCGGCUCCAGGAUCAGGUCCGGCUGCCCUAUCACAGAGCUGUUCCGUCUUCGACUACAGGAAGUUGUGGUGUGAUCUACAUGGAAAAAAGGUGGGAAAGCACCAGAGCGGGCAUGUGUUGCGAGAGCAAAGGAGCAUUGCCAUAAUUCAUCUUCAGCACAUGAGCAAAGAUUUGUGAAGGUGCUUUCCAAAAUUCUGGUCACAUUAUUUGUCACCAUGUUAUGCAGAACCUGAAACUUUCUCUUUGGAAAUGCAAAACAUACCUGGUCAAGGAGGAUGCCUGAUGGACUGCACCAUGCACCUUUGUAGUGUCGUGAGCUCCCGCUGAAAGCAGUCGCUGCAGAACCCAUGGAAGAAGAUGCCAGGCUGUGACCAGGAGAUUCACUCUCACUCUCAGCCCUCAUUGCCACCAUAUACUCAUAAGUUGUGAUGCCCUGAAAAAUGGUGCAACUAUGCAAUAUCAUAAUCCAUUCCUUGUAAAAAUGAGAGUACAAUUUUGACAAAGGCUGACAAAGUGACCAACCUUCCGGAUUAAUAAGAUAUGAAAGAUGAACAGCUGCCCCACAAAACAGAAACCUAGCCCAGAAAGAGCUAUACCCAAGGCCUGAAGUCAAGGAUGUAUUGAGUUAAGAUUGUGCUAGAUAAGUUAAAAUAGUCUGGAGUACUGCA